UAUUAUACAAUUGUGGCAUAGCGUCAAAACUGCCAAGUCGAAAUAAAACGUUAUAUAUAUUCGAAGCAUAACAUAGUGAAUGAAACAUGUAGGUGAACGUUCUCUCUUAUAGUUCGCGUAUAAUAAAAUGGUAGUUAUUUCAUAUCGACAAUUUCGAAAAAAAUAACCAUGCGAAUUCUCAAUGACAAUUCAGCGUAAAGUUUUAUUGCAAUAUUGUCUGCACUUUGUGAUAAUGCGCACGUUAAGAGCACGGAGGCGGGUUGAUAAGCAAGUAUACGUUUCUCGAGUUGAAUAAAAAAUGAGUCGGAAUAUUUACCUACUAUCGUGUCAAUGUAGUGAACGGAUCAUCGACAUCAGUUACAGUCAUUAUCUAGACCCGAUGGCAGGUGAAAGAUGGAAAAACGAUAUCGCGUAUGCGAUGACCCCAUUCAAAUUGAUUGCGUGGCCCAUCGGCGUUUGGCCGCUGCAACAUUACAACUUCUAUUCAUUAUUACGCAGUGCCCUGGGCACUUGCGGUGCGGGUGUAAUGGUGAUCUUGCCUUCCAUUGAACUAUGCAUGGGUUGUACCGACGCGGAGCAGAAUGUGGACAGCAUCAUGUUGAUCUGUUGCGGAACACUUGGCGUGCUAAAAAUGAUAUGGUUCCGCAUUUAUGCAAACAGCUUAACUGUUAAUUACAGCUCCGCCAUAAAGGAUUAUUUGACAAUUGAAAACGUAGAAGAGCGUGCGAUUAUGCGAAAACAUGCCCUUAUAGGAAGGAUCGUCUCUUGCCCCAUGCUAUGCUUCUCCUACUUUAGUUGUAUAAUGUACGGACUGAUACCUCUUCUCAGAUAUGAUAAAAGAAACCAGAUGAACGUAACGAACGAUGACGCAAUAUUGGAGUAUGCAAUACCAUCAGCAUGCACUAUGAAAUACCUUAAUGCUCCAGCAAGCAUGUAUAAAAUUUUGUGCCUCAUCCAAGUUGUUGCGAUGAUACUGUCGACGAAUGCUCAUAUCGGUAACGACGCGUUGUUUCUCAAUAUCGUGUUGCAUAUUUGUGGUCAAGUAAAAAUUCUGAGAGCUCAUUUCAUCGAUUUUAAUGUUACAAGUCCGCGAAUCUGCGAUCGUUUCAAUGCACUAAUUCAAAGACACUGUUACCUGAUAAUGCUGACCAGGAAACUGGCCAAUAUGAUCAGUUUCGUUUUGUUGAUAGAGUUAUUUAUUAUCAGCAUAUUAUUAUGUAUAAUGGGAUUUCAGUUUAUUCUAGCGAUGAAAAAUAAUGACAUUGUUAUGAUGGCAAAAAGUUUAAUAGUGCAAAGUGCCUUUCUGAUCCAACUAACGGUGUACAGCUUUAUCGGAAAUUAUCUGAAGUUCCAGAUGGAAGAAAUAAGGUUCUCCAUCUAUCAAAGCGCUUGGUAUGAUCUUCCUGCGAAACUGAUGAAGAAUUUAGUCUUCAUCUUUAUGCAGACAGAAUCUCCAGUCACUUUGCAAGCUGGAAAUUUCAUAACGAUAAACCUGUCAACAUAUAUGAGUAUCUUAAAGACCUCUUUUUCCUAUUUAUCUGUACUUCGUGUAAUGAUGGAAACGUGA